AGGCAGUAGAUGUGGUCGGUCAGGCUGGUAAACCCAAAGCCAUCACCGGUUUCCAGACACACACCACGCCGGUGCUGCUGGCCCACGGGGAGAGAGCAGAACUGGCCACAGAGGAGUUCAUCCCUGUCACACCCAUCCUGGAAGGCUUCGUCAUCCUGCGCAAAAACCCCAACUACGACGCAUAGACACACACACACUCAUGCACUCUCACAUAUACACACACACACACACACACACACACACACAGGAAAAUGGGACCUCUGACACACACAAACACACUCAUCUUCCGUAUUUAAAGUCUCGUCAUCCUCCCCGAUGCCCUUCAGUCUCUCUCUCAGACAGAAAGACGUUUCAUUAACGUUGCUGUGACGUUUCCUCCUCCUCAUCAUCAUUUUGUAAUUAGAGCAUGAAGCGAGCGUGUGAGUUUAUGCUGAUUUAAACAUGUUUUGCUUGUUUUUGUUACUUGUUACUCUGUAAAAGGUUGAGAUACAAAAUUAAAAUAAUUGUGGUCAAACCAA